AAAGUAUUUAUUUUCUUGGAAAAAUUCCCUUAAGCAAUCUGCGAAAAGAGAGGAAAAAAUCCGCAAACCUGAAAAACUCAUUCCGGUUGUGACUUAGCGGCUAUACGCAAGGAACUAUGGCUUCUCGUUUACUGAAUUCUCUACAAACUAGUCGGCGCGCUAGCAUUCUUCUUCAGGGACAGGCGCUGAGGACUGGAACAGUAUGCAACAAGAGUACUGUAAGAGCUGUGCCGCAAGCACUUCAGAUCCCAGAUCGUCUUCGUCAUUUACCUGAAGCAGAAGAUCCGGGCUUCUUCGAAAUGGUUGAGUACUUCUUCCAUAAAAGCUGUGUUCUCAUCCAAGAUCGUCUUGUGGACGUGGACAUGAAGGGACUUAAGUUAUCCAGGGAGGAUAAGAUUAGGAAGGCUCAGGGUAUUCUUAAGAUCAUUGAACCUUGCAGCCAUGUUCUAGAAGUAAACUUUCCUCUACUCCGAGAUGAUGGAACAUAUGAGAUGAUCAAAGGAUUCAGAUCCCAGCAUUCUCAACACAGGUCUCCAUGCAAAGGGGGUAUCAGAUAUUCCAUGGAUGUCUGCUCUGAUGAAGUAAAAGCUCUGUCUGCCUUGAUGACCUACAAGUGUGCCUGUGUCAAUGUUCCCUUCGGAGGUGGUAAAGCAGGCGUUAAAAUCAAUCCCAAGCUGUACAGUGACAAUGAACUAGAGAAAAUCACAAGAAGAUUUGCUUUAGAACUCACUAAGAAGGGAUUUCUUGGUCCAGGGAUUGAUGUUCCUGCUCCUGAUAUGGGAACUGGAGAGAGAGAGAUGGGUUGGAUUGCAGAUACCUACGGAAACACAGUUGGUCAUGGAGACAUUAACUCUUUUGCUUGCAUCACUGGAAAACCUAUCAAUAUGGGAGGCAUUCAUGGUAGAACUUCAGCAACUGGACGAGGUGUUUUCCAUGGAAUUGAAAACUUUAUAAAUGAACCAAAAUACAUGUCAAUGAUUGGACAAUCUCAAGGUUGGGCUGGAAAAACAUUCAUUGUCCAAGGAUUUGGUAAUGUUGGUUUCCAUACCUGUAGAUACCUGACUAGAGCUGGAGCUAAAUGUGUUGGGGUGGCAGAAUGGGAUGGAUCUGUUUAUAAUAAGGAAGGUAUAGAUCCCUUGGAUCUACAGAAGUAUAAGGAAGAACAUGGAACUAUAGUUGGGUAUCCUGGUGCUAAACCAUACAUGGGAGAGAAUCUAAUAUUUGAGAAAUGUGAUAUUCUUAUUCCUGCUGCUAUGGAGAAAGCUAUUCAUAAAGGAAAUGCUGAUAAAGUACAGGCCAAGAUUAUUGCUGAAGCUGCCAAUGGUCCAAUUACUCCUGCUGCAGACAAAAUACUUCAAGAUAAAAAGGUUUUAAUCAUCCCUGACCUGUAUGUCAAUGCUGGUGGUGUGACUGUGUCCUACUUUGAGUGGCUGAAAAACUUGAAUCAUGUAUCGUAUGGUCGUCUCACAUUUAAAUAUGAGAGAGAGUCUAAUUAUCAACUUUUGAAAUCGGUUCAGGAUUCACUACAGAAUAGUUUUGGAGCCAAAGAAGGUAUUUCAAUUAAACCCAACCUGGAAUUCUUAUCACGAAUGUCUGGAGCAUCUGAGAAGGAUAUUGUGCACUCUGGAUUGGAUCAGGCAAUGGGGAAAACUGCAGUUAGUAUUAUGAAGACAGCCGAGGAUUUAAAUCUAGGAUUAGAUCUGAGGACUGCUGCUUAUAUCAACUCAAUUACGAAGAUAUUUUCAACCUAUCGAGCUGCUGGACUCACCCUGUAGGUGGGACAGGAACUCUAUAUCACAUUAUAUUUAAAGAAUAAUUAUGACUGAUUAAAAAUAUUUCUAUUUCUGCCAA